GUUUUUUUGUAGUCAGAAACAGCCAAGGAUCACAGUGCGACUAUUUUAAACAUUCAAAACUCCUGUUCACAGACUGUACACUUUCUACGGAACUUCAUGACAAGUUUUAAGGAAUCGUCAGUAAGAAUGAACCUUGCCAAGCUUCAUGUGGAAUGCAUAUGGAUACUUUUCAAAAUGAAUUGUUGGUAAUGGGACAGGAUUAAUUAUAAACUCAAUAAAUCCAAGCCACAGUUUCUUCUACAAAGACUACUGUGUUAUUUCUAAGUACCAAAUUGUCAAGAAAUAUCAUAAUUAUAACCUGCAAUUAAAUGUUCAAUCAUGAAAAGAAGACAAUGAUGUUUACUAAGCAAGACUUUGCUAUAUUGGUUCUUGGAAUCGGGACUUAUAUCGCUGACAUUGGAAUAGAUGUUUGGGUAAUAACAAACUAUUUCAACAAGGGACUGUAUCUCUGGUGUUCCUUAACAUUGGCCGUAGUACUUCUUUCAUCCUUUGUGACCCAGUUUUUCAGUUACGCUUGGUUUAAAGAAGAUAACAAUGAGAAGCUGAAUUGGGUUUGGCUAUUACAUUUAUUUCAUGGUGGAAUAUUUACAAGGUAUUGGUUUACACUGAAAGAUGGCUACCAAGCUGCAUUUAAACAAAUCAGCUCAGAGAAUCAGUUGAUAGAUGACUUCUCCAGCAUCACUCAUGAAACAGCUAUUCAUAAAAUUCAUAAAACAGCUAUUGAUGGAAUGGCUGAUAUAAGUAUGCUCCGGCUAUUUAAGACAUUCCUGGAAAGCACACCCCAACUUAUUCUUCAGAUCUACAUCCUGAUGUCAACUAGCAAUUCUAGUAUCAGUCAAUAUACCUCCAUUGUUGUGUCUUUCAUCAGUGUUACCUGUUCAACUGUGGACUACCAAAUAGCUUUACGAAAAUCUUUACCUGAUAAAAAUAAAUUUGCUCGGCUAACUUCUAAAAUAACAUAUCUUUUGUAUAAAUUGUUGACUUUAAUAUCUUGGAUACUGUGCAUUGCCCUAGUCAUGGUACUGAGCACCACCAUUGCUUGUGUUCUAGUUGUGCUGUUUUGGCUUGGAGGUUUUUGUUGGACGAUGAAUCAACACACUGAAUUUUGUAAAUCUGCUGCAGCAGAAAAUAUAUAUCGGAUUAUGGUGGGAAUCAUUCUUAUUUUUACCUUUUUCAAUAUAAAGGGAGAAAAAACAAGAGUCCCCCUUUCUGUUUAUUAUAUCAUUCGUGCUCUUACAACUUUAGCUAUAGUAUGUACUUGUAUAUUUUGGAAAAUAAAUCUAUUUGUGAUCACAACAGUUGCUGUCACUUUAGUAUCAGGCAUUUGUUUUCUUCUUGUAUAUUAUAGAUUUUUUCAUCCUAAUAAUCAAUGUGCACAAGAUGAAGUUGAUGGACCAGAGCCUGAAAGAGGAAAAAUGUGUAGAAUAAGCAAAUUCAUAAUGUAAUAAACUGAAUAAACUUAUUUAUA